AGUGUUAGCUGUAAUUAUCAACAUAUAAAAAGACUAAUGUGGCUAAUGACUAUGGCUUCUUCUUCUUGAAGAUUGAGUUUAUACAACACAAAGUACACACCAUUAAUACCUGAUCGCCUUGAGCUUUACUUUUAAGCUAGCCAGCAUCAGAUAUCCGUACCAGGGUUUCUGCUGGCAUCAAAAUCGAAUCCACUUGGUUUGUUUAUCGAAUCAAGAAUGCAAGAGAGUCUUCCUCCAGGUUUCAGAUUCCAUCCUACAGAUGAAGAACUGAUAACGCACUAUUUGUGCCAUAAGGUUUCUGAUGUUAGUUUCACGUCGAAGGCUGUAGCAGACGUUGAUCUCAAUAAGUGUGAACCUUGGGACCUCCCAGGCAAGGCUUCGAUGGGAGAGAAAGAAUGGUACUUCUUCAACCUGAGAGACCGAAAAUAUCCAACUGGACUUCGAACCAACCGAGCCACGGAAGCCGGGUACUGGAAAACAACUGGGAAAGACAAGGAAAUACAUCGUACAGGUGUACUGGUUGGGAUGAAGAAAACCCUAGUUUUCUACAAGGGCAGAGCUCCUAGGGGUGAGAAAAGCAAUUGGGUCAUGCAUGAAUACAGACUAGAAAACAAGCAUCCUUUCAAAUCCUCAAAGGAAGAAUGGGUGGUUUGUAGAGUUUUCCAAAAGAGCAUUAGUGCAUUGAAAAAGCCACAGCAAGCAACCACAUCCUCCCAUCAGCAGCCGUCGAUAGAAUCUCCAUGCGACGAUACGAACUCAAUCGUUAACGAAUUCGGAGACAUCGAGCUGCCAAACCUAAACAGCAAUAUUAACGCAAAUUCAUCCAGCGGGUUCAGCAACAACAUUUCCUCACCCCCAAGCUAUUACAGCAAUAUUAUUGAUCAUAGCAAGAACAACAUUAACGACGUUACCAACAUGAGUUUGAACAUGAAUUGGGCAGCAACAGCGGCGAGAGAGGCAGCCGUGAACGCCGUUUCAUGGCCGUCAAGCUUGCUAAGUCCCUCAAAUCUUUCGGUGAAUUCGUUGCUUCUUAGGGCAUUACAUCUUAGGAGUAGUACUAAUAAUAACGGUAGUAAUUAUCAACCAAGAGAUACUAAUCAUGGUCAAGCUACAGCAGGCACUAGUACUCUAGAUUACUCAUCAUAUAAUACUAUGCAGCAGCAAGGAAUGAUGCCGUCAAUCUCUCAUCACAUUGGAUCCAGUACUACUAUGGAUCAUAUAAAUUCAAAUUUUCAAGCUUCUUCGUCGAGUAUUAAAGAUCAGAUGAUGGAAUCGAUGCCGCCACAACAACAUUCGGAGCAACCAUUCAAUUUGGACUCCAUUUGGUGAAGCUGUGAACUGUACAGCCUGAUCAAAUGAAUAAGCUAAUAACAUCUUGUAAAGUUCGGCAUCGUUACGGUACUAAGCCUGAGCUGGUUAUGAAACAAAUGCAGUAUACCACAGGGAGAGUAGACUCACAUGCACGUACGUAAAGUUCGAUAAUGUUCCAUAUAUUUAUAACUAUGAUAGAUUAUUAUGUCGAAAAAUAAUAGGGUUCUUGCCCUAGUUUAUGGGUCUGUUUAAUUAUGUUGAAGAGUUAUAGUAUUAUGCUGGUAGGGAAAACUCCCUAUGUUAAAUCUGUACCCUCUUAUAUUAUGAAAACAUGUUUCUCAUGA